UAUCCGGCCGUGUUCUCGGGGUUUUAAACUGGAAACGAGAAGCCUCGCCGGCGGUUUCCACCAUGGCGAGCUCCGAGCUUGGAGCUCGGAGUCCUUCUCCGAUGAAUGGUACUUCCUCAGCUUCGAGUCUUCUUUUCGGCCUUCCGAGGUCUCAUCUCGACAGCGCUACGUAUCGUUCUCUGGCGCGUAUUCUCUCUGUUUGCUUUGAUUCAUCAGGUCGAGAUUCUAACCCUAGUUUUGAUGGCUGUUUGGUUGCGGGAUCUUCCGGGAGUGGUGGUGAUGGUGAGGUGCGUGAGGGUGUUGUGCGGGAGAAUCCUAGGGCUGAUGAUGCGUCUAGUGAAAGGUUAGGGCAUAGGGAGAAUGAAAGUUUUGAUUUUUUGAAAAAGUUUGAGGGUGAUGGGUUUGUUAAUGCUGAGUUCCCGGAAGAAGUUGUUUCUGAUUGUACCGCUGAGUUGAUUGGUUUAAUUGAGAGGUCGCAAGGUAAUGGUGGCGAGAAUCCUAAUAGGGAUGAAUCCGAAAUUAGGGUUUUAAGCGCGGCGAAUGAAUUAGAACAGGAGAAGAAACAAGAAAAACAUAUUGGAAAUGAAUCCCUGGAGGUUUGUCCGAAUAAUGGCGAUGAUUUGGUUAUUGGGCAAGAUCAAUUGUUUCAUCAGUGUCCUCAUACUCAGUUGCAGUUUGAUGAUAAAAUUGAGAUAAAUUCUGGAUCGGAUGAGCUUGCUUUGGUUGAAAACAAGGUGGAAAAUUGUGAAUCAGCAGGAAGAUUUGGAGAAGAAGAAGAUGGUGGUAUGGAAGAAGGGGAAAUUUUGGUUGAUGUGGUGGAUCACCAUGCAGCUAUUGAGGCCGAGAAGUUGGAGGAAAAUUCAGUAGCUUCUACUAUAUCCAAUUGCACAGAGAAAAAAAUUGGAUCAACAAAUGGUAUACGCAAGGUAGAUGAUCCUAAUAUGAUGAUGGUUGAUAGAAAGGAGGAACCUCUGAGUUCAUCUGCAACUGAGUUUGUGAUCUCAGAACUUCAGAAGGUGAAAGGUGAUAAUAUUGACUCUGUUACCAGUGUUAACUUGCGAAGUGCAUGCACUGUAAAUGUUGGAUUGUAUGGCCAGGCCUUUGAGAAUUCAGAUAAUGAGGAUGAGGAAAACCAGUUGGAUGACAAGGUUGAUGAAGAUGUCAUGAAGAAGAGGAGAAGGACCUUGACCAAGGAGAGAAAAGAGAAGAAAAAGAAAGCGAAGAAAAGGAAACGAGCACAGAUAGAAAGAGAGCAAGGAGUCAAGAGAUUAAAGCUGCAAUUGGUGGCAAAGCCAAAACCAGUGAGAUAUUGUGAGUUUUAUUUGAAGGGGAGAUGCCAAAAGGGAGAUGCGUGUAAAUUUUCCCAUGAAGCUACUCCUUUGACCAAGUCUCAGCCAUGUAAGUAUUUUGCGUGUAAUACUUGCUUAAAAGGGGAUGAUUGUCCAUUUGAUCAUGAACUCUCCAAGUAUCCUUGUCACAACUUCCAGUCCAAAGGCAUGUGUCUCCGAGGAGAUAAUUGCAAAUUUUUCUCACAAGGUACCUAA